CAGUUUGACAUCAAAAUAAUGCCACUUCCAGCGGCUUUGCUAGCAAAACUAAAGAAAAGAGGGAUUGUUACCGAGGAGCAAAGUAAACGUGUUGAGGAAGUAGAGGAGGUUUUUGCCGAGGAUUACGAUGAUCCGAUCAAAGAAAACACAGCUCCCCCGGUCACAGAGCAGGAGAUGGAUACGUCACAUGACCAGACCAAGCCCCUGGUGUACGACGUCUCAGCCUGCCCUAACAGGUACAAUAAAUACCACACCUGUGUGGAGUACUGUAAGAAGAGGUGGGGGAUCCAGAAGUUUGAGCCCGCCCCCAUCAUGAUAAAAAAGAGAGACAGGAUGUUACGGCGCUACCCACUCCCUGGGGGGUGGGAGGAAGUAGCUGACCCUCUGACGAAUCGUUACUAUUAUUGGAAUACGAUCACAGACCAGGUGAGCUGGCUGUCACCUGUCCACCCCCGCGCCCACAUCACAAUCUCCGCACAGAGGAUUCAGGAUCUCCUUGGUGACCAGCAUCUGGCAAAUAAAGAGGCCGAGGCGAGUGAUGAAGAGAUGGAGACCAAGGGCUCGGAGGAGAGUGAUGUGAGUUCCUCCUCUUCCUCUAGCUCCUCAGACUCCGAGGACGAGUACGAAAAACGUCGCCGAGACCGCGGGCGUCGUCACAAUGACAACCGACGCAGGGGAGGUAAACGACAGAAGGAUGAGCUAGAUCCCAUGGAUCCUGCAUCCUACUCCGAGGUCCCAAGGGGGACAUGGUCAACAGGUCUGGCAUCACGCGGGGAGGCGAAGACAGGGGUCGAUACCACUGCCUCAGGCCCCCUGUUCCAGCAGCGCCCCUACCCCAGCCCCGGCGAAAUCUUACGCAGGAAUCGGGAACAGCCUUAACCACGUGUUGUCAUCAUUCUACGUAUCAUCAUCAUUAUCAUCGUCAUUGUGUUUGUAUAAAAUUGUCAUCACAAGAUUCACAACAGACUACAUGUUGCAAAAUCUAUUUUGUUUUAUUCAUUGAUGUCUUAGAAAAAUACAAAAUGUAUCAAUAUUA